AUGGCGGCUAAACAAGAAGCUUUAGCCAUCGAAUUCAUAAGCCAACAUCUUCUCACAGAUUUUUCAUCCAUGGAAGCCAAAGUUUCUAAUUUUACCCUUCACGAAGCUGACCCAUCUCUGUUCACCUACCAAAUUCACAACUUCCACUCAGAAACAAGCCCUAGAACCACCAACAACCAACCCCCUAAACAAAACUCAACUCUUAACCGGCGUAAACCGCCCUUACCGAAUUUAUCCGUACCGAGAACGGUCUCCGGUACAACAAAGAUAACUGAGGAGGAAGAGGAGGAGAGGCACUACAGGGGAGUGAGGCGGAGGCCAUGGGGAAAAUACGCGGCGGAAAUUAGGGAUCCGAACAAAAAGGGUUCUAGGAUUUGGCUUGGGACUUACGACACGGCCGUGGAAGCUGCAAGAGCUUACGACCAAGCGGCGUUCCAGUUGCGUGGGAGAAAAGCAAUCUUGAAUUUCCCUCUCGAUAUUAGGGCUACUUCCGAAAGUUAUUUUGAGGAUGGAGUCGUCGGAUUAGGGAAGCGAAAGCGGGUCAAGAGUUCUCCAGCGGUGAAGGAAGAGGAGAAGGCGUCAUCGGUUAGGGUGAAAGUUGAGGAAGAAGAGAGUGAUACGACGACAGAGACAACGGAGGCUGAGGCUGAGGUUGAGGCGGUGCCUUUGACGCCGUCAAGUUGGAUGGGGUUUUGGGAUGUGGGAGCAGGAGAUGGGAUUUUCAGUGUUCCUCCGUUAUCUCCGACGUCUCCGAACUUCUCCGUUAUCUCCGUCACUUGA